AUGGCUCGUCCACGAUUUCCAGAACGAGCUGCUAUCGUGCGACUAGUUUGUCGUUCUCUAUCAUUCGCUCUGAGUCUUUACACUAUAAUCGUGUUUAUCGUCCUCAGCACGAAGUAUGGGUCAACAUAUGGAGGUUCCUUUGCGGCUCUCAUUACUGCAAUCCUCAUCGACACGUCCGAGAUAGCUGGUCUAGCUGACUCCUCACGCACCAUCCCACGACUUGGCAUUGGCAGAACGGCUAUCAUGGACCUCAUCGUCAUCGGUAUCGGCGCUUGGUCUCUAACAGAGUUCGCACCCUCCUCUAUCAAUCAAGUUGCUAAAGAAUCCGAGACGAAGAUGGAGGGUAGGGAAUUGCAUGUGGCGGCUUGGUAUUGCACUGUUGUCGCGGGGUGA